AUGGAGCUGGGACUCACAGGGAUAUUACUUCUGGUCACCUGUGUCACCCUCCUGAUUUACCUAAUCACAUGGAGGGGCAAAAAGAAACCAGAAAAUGCACUCCCAGGGCCCAAACCAUUCCCCCUCCUGGGCAACAUUCUGGACCUCAACAUGACGGAAUUACCCCGGGACCUGGUUAAGGUGAGAGAUAUCACUGAAUUAAUUGUUUGGGAGGAUUAUUUUUAUAAAUCAAAUAUUCAGGAGUUCAUAACUCAAUUCACAAGACCUGGUCCUGUUAUCUAUUAAAGAUAUAGCUUUAAUUUGUCCAACGUCUGUAUUUACUCAAUGUAAAUGAUGUCAAGAUGUUUUCGAGGGUGCCUACUGCCUGGUUGGUGAAGAGUUAAAGUGGAAGUGAAGCUGCUGUGCGUGACUGGCUCUGUGUAUCUGUUGCUGUUGUUUACGCUCUGAGAUUAGUCAUGGCUGUUGGAGAAAUACUUACAAUGGGAAUGAGACUGUAAACUCUAAUGGAUUAUAAGCAAUGAUUUUGCAUGUGUAUUGCUGUUCAAUGGUUUUUAAAACAUGAAAAAUAAUUACAAAAAAUUUAAAGAAUUGCAUUUGUGUUUGUUUAUUUAAACCACACUUCCUGUAAAGAGAGCCCUAUUUAGGCUUUCUUUAUUGCAAGUUCUGUUUAAUUAAGAUUUUCUUAUCCCCUGAUAUGUUAAUAGCUUGCUAGACCCUGCAAGAGCCUCCUGUAUGUGAUUAAAGUUCAAUUUAGAGAUUGAGAUACAAUUAUUUAAGGUAAAUUACAUCUGUUUGAAAGUGAAACCAGUUUUUUUUUCAUGCAGGCUCUGUCAAUCAUAGCCAGGGGAGGUGUGGCUAGGGCUGCAUAAACAGAAACAAAGUGAUUUAACUCCUAAAUGACAGUGAAUUGAGCAGUGAAAUUGCAGGGGAAUGAUCUAUACACUAAAACUGCUUUAUUUAGCUAAAGUAAUUUAGGUGACUAUAGUGUUCCUUUAAGACUAUUCCUCUUUAUAGUAUUGUAACAUUGUUUAUUUUACUUUAUAAGCAAUGGAAAAUGAAACCAUGUCUAUACAUUAUUGGUAAUGAAAGUGUUAAGAAUCUACAUCACACAACAACUUGUGAUUACAAAGGUCAUGUGAAGGUUCUAAUACAGAACGACAUUUUAGAAAUACUGACUAUACCCAACGCGAGCAACACGUAACAUGUACAGUAACUGGAUGUUUAUAGUAUAAUCACACACAGGAAAGGCGCUGCUGUCUGGUGAAACACAGAUCAGCAGGAAAAAAAGGAGAAUUCAGGGCCGUAAAUAAAGUGAAUGAACAUCUGUAUAACCGAAAAAAUGGAAGGACAUCGUUUUAAAAGAGUUUAAUGUUUGCAUGACAAAAUUGAUUACACUAAUAAUUUACAAUAUAAAAUAUUAAAAUAAAAUAUGCUAUUGAUGGUGGAGCAUUAUUAGUGCACAAGGCGUUAAUUUAAAAUACAUUUAUAAAUAGAAUUGUUAAAAAAAAAAAGCAAAACAAAUAAACAAAACAAACUGUUUAAGGUUAUAAUAAAUAAUGUUCACGGUUUUCCCUCUAUUAACAGGAACUUAAAGUGAUUUUAUUUUUAUAUUUUUUUAUUAAUUUUUCUUUUGGCCGAAAUAGCUGAAUUGACAAUGGAGUAAUUAUUAACACCAAUAAUGAUACAUUCUAACAAUCAGAAUAUUCGAUGUAGAAGCCUUAUUGGAAUCUGAAUUCUAAUUGUAAGUUUGUGGGAUUUACAGGUUAUUUACUAUAGUGAAUUUCAAAUUUUAGGCCAAGGUAGCUGUUCUGGAAGGAUAGCUGACUUCGAGAAUUUUUCCAGUUCCGCUGUUUUGGCCUAUGUGACUAUGACACUAUAGUCACCAAAACAACUUUUGUGUAAUAAAACAGUUUUGGUGUAUAGAUCAUGCCUCUGCAGUGUCACUGCCAUUUAGGAGUUAAAUCACUCUGUGUAUGAACCCUAGUCACACCUCCCUGCAUGUGACUUGCACAGCCUUCCUAAACACUUCCUGUAAAGAAUCAUCUAAAGUUUAUCCUUCCUUUAUUGCAAGUUCUGUUUAAUUUAGAUUUUCUUAUCCCCUGCUAUGUUAAUAGCUUGCUAGAACAUGCAAGAGCGUCAUGUAUGUGAAUAAAUUUCAAUUUACAGAGAAAGUGAUACGUUUGUUUAAGGUAAAUUACAUCAGAUUGAAAGUGAAACCAGUUUUUUUUUCAUGCAGACCGUGUCAAUCAGAGCCAGGGAAUGUGUGGCAAUGUCUGCAUAAACAGAAACAAAUUGAUUUAACUCCUAAAUAGCAGUGAAUUGAGCAGUGAAACCUGAGAGGCAUGAUCUAUACACUAAAACUGCUUCUUUAAGCUAAAGUUGUUUAGGUGACUAUAGUGUCCUUUAAAUAUGAAGUUCACUUUGAAUUCUCACUUUAGUUAACAACCCUGAUUGUGUGGGGAAUUGCAGUCACAAAGACCUACAGAGGUAGAGCUCACUAAGUAACUUGUUUUUGUAGCCAUAGGUUUGUAGCUGUAGUGAUUCUUGGAAAUUGUUGCUGCUGUAACCAACAUUUUGAUUAUUAUUAUAAUUUUGUUUUUUACUACUAUUAAUGCAUCAGAAAUUGUUUAAUCUGCAACGAGAUAUUAUUAUUCAGACAUGUAUAAUUACAUAGCAUUUGAUAAGCAUCGUCUUUGUGUCUCUGCAGAUGAGUAAGAUUUACGGACCUGUGUACACACUUUCUCUCGCCGGUCAAUAUUCAGUGGUUUUUACAGGGUACGACGCAGUGAAAGAGGCUCUUGUGGAUCACAGUGAUGUAUUUAGCGACAGGGGAAACAUGGGUCUCAUUGAAUUGUUGUUCAAAAAUUAUGGUAAGUGGCCUCUCACCUUGGAACAGAGCGUAUAGGGCUUUAGUCUCCUGGACUCGUCAGCAAAUAGUUUUCUGACCACUACUACCUAUGGCCUCUUUGUAUGAUGCCAAUAUUAAAGGAACACUAUAGUCACCUAAAUUACUUUAGCUAAAUAAAGCAGUUUUAGUGUAUAGAUCAUUCCUCUGCAAUUUCACUGCUUAAUUCACUGUCAUUUAGGAGUUAAAUCCCUUUGUUUCUGUUUAUGCAGCCCUAGCCACACCUCCCCUGGCUAUGAUUGACAGAUCCUGCAUGAAAAAAAAAAACUGGUUUCACUUUCAAACAGAUGUAAUUUACCUUAAACAAUUGUAUCUCAAUCUCUAAAUUGAACUUUAAUCACAUACAGGAGGCUCUUGUAGGGUCUAGCAAGCUAUUAACAUAGCAGGGGAUAAGAAAAUCUUAAUUAAACAGAACUUGCAAUAAAGAAAGCCUUAAAGGACCACUCUAGGCACCCAGACCACUUCAGCUUAAUGAAGUGGUCUGGGUGCCAGGUCCAGCUAGGAUUUACCCAUUUUUUAUAUAAACAUAGCAGUUUCAGAGAAACUGCUAUGUUUAUGAAUGGGUUAAGCCUUCCCCAAAAGCCUCUAGCGGCUGUCUCAUUGACAGCCGCUAGAGGCGCUUGCGUGAUUCUCACUGUGAAAAUCACAGUGAGAGCACGCAAGCGUUCAUAGGAAAGCAUUGAUAAUUCUUUUCCUAUGCGACCGGCUGAAUGCGCGCGCAGCUCUUGCCGCGCGUGCGCAUUCAGCCGACGGGGAGGAACAGAGGAGGAUCGGAGGCAGAGAGCUCCCCACCCAGCGCUUGAAAAAGGUAAGUUUUACCCCUUUUCCCCCUUCCAGAGCUGGGCGGGAGGGGGUCCCUGAGGGUGGGGGCACCCUCAGGGCACUAUAGUGCCAGGAUAACGAGUAUGUUUUCCUGGCACUAUAGUGGUCCUUUAAUAGGGCUCUCUUUACAGGAAGUGUUUAUGGAAGGCUGUGCAAGUCACAUGCAGGGAGGUGUGACUAGGGUUCAUAAACAAAGGGAUUUAACUCCUAAAUGGCAGAGGGUUGAGCAGUGGGGCCACAGGGGCAUGUUCUAUACACCAAAACUGCUUCAUUAAGCUAAUGUUGUUCAGAUGACUAUAGUGUCCCUUUAAUCAUACCUAUAAACUGAGUGGAGUAGAGUAGGUACACAAGUAGCAAACAAUGAAUAACAAACUCUCCAAGUGUCCAAUGGUCUGUUAUUUAGUAGUAAAAAGGAGAAAACUAGCAGGCACAAUCUGAUAAAUUCAUGGGCAGAUUUUUUGGAUAUAUCAAUAUAUAUAUAUGUGUGUAACAAAAUACACUGAGAAUUACAUUCUAUAUAUAUAUCUAUCUAUAUAUAAAUUACAAAUAACCGCAAAUAUAUAAAUACACAUAAAUAUAUAUAAUUACAUAAAUAACUACAUACAUGUACACGUAGACUUUAAAUACAUAUAUAUGUAUAUAUAUUAAAACUCUACAUGUAUAUUUAAGUAAUAUUUUAGCAUAAUUAUGUGAUUUAAUUAAUUAAAAUUUGACUGACAUGCCUGAUAACCCAGGCAGAAAGUGCAGAGAAUUUGAAUUGCAAACACUCUAUUUAACCCUGUAACUUUCAAAGACACCAUAAAACCUGUACAUGGGGGGUACUGUUUUACUCAGGAGACUUCGCUGAACACAAACAUUAGUGUUUCAAAAUGGUAACUUGUAUUACAACAAUUAUAUUUUUAGUAAAAGUGAAGUUUUUUUGCAUUUUUCACACACGAACAGCACUUUUACUGACGAUAUUAUUGUUGUAAUAUGUUUUACUGUUUUAAAACACUUAUUUUUGUGUUCAGUGAAGUAUCACAAGUAUAACAGUACCCCCAUGUACAGGUUUUAUGGUGUUUUGGAAAGUUAGAGAGUCAAAUAUAAGGCUUGCAUUUCAUUUUUUUUCACGUUGAAAUUUGCCAGAUUAGUUAUGUUGCCUUUUGAGACCGUAUGGUAGCCCAGGAAUAAGAAUUACCCCCAUGAUGGCAUACCAUUUGCAAAAGUAGACAACCCAAGGUAUUGCUCUUUUUGCAGUAAAAGCUUACAGUAUUAUGACAUUUACAGAUAAUAUGUGAGGCGGAACUACACAUUUUUUUUUUUUUUAAUUUCUCACAGUUUUUUUGAUUUUAUUCAUAAUAAAUUACGUUUCAUAUAUGAAUAGUUCAUGUGAAAUUAAAGCCCUGUUUCUCCUGAACAAAAUUAUAUAUAAUAAGUGUGGGUGCACUUAAUAUGAAAGAGGUGAAUUACGGUUGAACAGACAUAUAGCGCAAAUUCCAGUUUUUGUUUACAUUUAGUUUUGAUCAGAACGUGUACUAUUGACUCCGCCCAGAAGGGGUUAAUAAAUGUUUGUGCUGGGGAAAAGGAGGAAAGUUGCAGACACUAUAAAUGCAAUCACCACUUAGCCGCCCAAUGAGAAUACAGUUAGCUGAGAGCUAGUGUUUUCUCCCAAAACCUUGCUUUUGCAUCUCAAAAGCAUGCUCUUGGACAAGUUAACCUAUUCAAUUAGCGUGUGGCGGUAGAAAAUAAUUGUUAACCAAGAACAAAGAUGAUUUAAAGAUGUUCGCUCAAACAUAACACAUUCCUAAAAAUAAGCUAUAACAUCUUUGUCAAAAAAAUUAAAAAUUAAAAUUCACUUUUGGCUCUUGAUAACAGAGGAAAAUCCGUUCACGUUAUUUACAAUGGUCAUUAAAGUGAAAUUAAGAAAUUAAUUUAGAGUGCAUUACAAAACAAUAUACAACACAAAUAUUUAUUGUAUGCAAUUUUCUGUAAUAAUAGAAACUGACAAAGGAAUAAUAUUCUCUAUUUUGUUUGUGGUGCAGAAGAUUUUACAAAGUCAAAGAUGCUAAUCAGGCCAUAUCAGUUACGCUUCUUUUAUGAUGUUUUAAGGGAUCGUAGUGAGCAAUGGGGAGAGAUGGAAGACAUUGCGUAGAUUCUCGCUCACGACUUUGAGAAAUUUUGGAAUGGGGAAGAGAGGCAUUGAGGAGAGAAUUCAGGAGGAAGCUCGUUCUCUCGCAGAAGAAUUCAGAAAAAACAAUGGUCGGUGAAGACAGUAUGCAUUUGAAUUUUAGAUUAAAUACUACAAAAACUCUCUAUAUUACCUCGGAGGCCAAAAAGUAAUUCACACAUGUUUUAUUACAUUUAAAACACUCCUUCUAUAUUAAAACAUUAAAGAGAAAAAAGUACACUCAACAAAAUAGAUCAAAGAACACUACUUCAUAAUAGUAUACAAAGUUUAAAGUGAUACUUUGCACUGGAGGUGACCCAUUCUUUUUUGUUUAAUGGUCAAUAUAACUAACACAUUAAAAUAGAUAUAUACAGGAGCAAUAAAGCAAAAAUAUUAAAAAUAGUAGGGAUACUCAAUUACAAUUAUUUAUAUAGCCCCAACAUAUUUCACUAUGAGGUACAAUAGGUAAAUAAGACAAAUAUUUAAUUCUAACAAAACGUGUGUGACAUCCGGGAAAAGUAGGUGAAGCCCAAAGAAGCUUACAAUUUUACUCAUAUUUGUAAUCUCUGCUUUUGUUGAUAAUCCGAAAGCAUUUAGGUUCCACCAAAUGAGAUAGUGACUUAGCCUAUCACAAGCUUGCUUUACAUUUUAGACCACUACAAAUUAAACUUUUGCAUCCAGUUUCAAACAAAUUGGUUAAUUAGUGGGUCAUUCAAGAAUCACGACACAAAGGAAACGGACAAGGGAUGGGUAGUUUCAUUUGUGAUUCGGAGUUCUAGCUAUAGCACCAAAAAUAUAGGAAAUUAAUGGUUUGGAGACAGACACUAAAUGUUGAUUAAAUGAUUUUAUUCACAGGUCCAGUAACCAGUGGAGGGAAACAGCAGGAGCUGUUUAUUAUAUAUAUUUCUAUUGAUUCUAUUGAAAUAUAUAUAUAUAUAUAUAUAUAUAUAUAUAUAUACAUGUGUGUGUGUGUCCUGAUGAAAGCACCGAUUGGGAGCUGAAACGUUGACUACUUUGGAUGUACCUACAAUAAAUUGGAUGAAUCAAACCCAAGAGUGCCGGUAAUUUUCUGAUAUUUUUAUGUUAUUGGGACUUGGCACCUGGUAUUAAAUACUUUUGAGUAGGAGUGCAAGAGGUUCAAAUUUUUCUUAUAUUUAUAUAUAUUUCUAUUGGUUAUUUUUUAAUAGAUUUUAUUACUCCUUUUUUGCCUCUAUUGCUCACUUGAUCUGUGAAUAAAAUCAACAUUUAGUGAUUGCACCGUAGCCAUCAAUCAUCUCUUUUUCUGGUGCCACAGGCAGAAGAUUAAAUCAAACAAGCUUGACCAUUGCGCCAGUUGCUUGUUUCAUUAUUAGUUUACUUGGUGGUGGUUUGGAAAAUUCAUAUGAUAACCCAGUCAGCCUAAAUGUGGACACUUCUCAAUGAAAUUAAUCUCCAAGUCUAACAGUUUUUGAUAAGAAGGCUCAGAGUCUGCCACCAGAAAAGACAUAGCAUUAUGUGAAUAUAUUAAAGUGUGUAUAUUAAAAUGUAACUCUUUUUAUUAUCACAGGAAUCAUUUCUAUAUAAGAAGGGUAUGCUUAAUAUAUUUUCCAAUACUCCUAACAGACACCCCAUUUGAUGCAGCACUCCUUGUGGGACAGGCCGUCUCCAAUAUCAUCUGCUCCAUUGUAUUUGGUGAGAGGUUUGACUAUGAAGACAAGGAUUUUAAGAACCUUCUACAAAGUUUCAGAGACCUCUUUGCACACAUCAAUUCAACCUCCGGACAGGUCAAUAAAUGUCCUACGGAAAAAUUGAAGGAAUUGAAUUGAAAGAAUAUUAUUUAAACGUUUCUUUCAGAAACCUAGCAACAGAGGUGAGAAUGACACAUACUGUAAUAUUUACAAUUUAUUACAGGUUCUUCAAGUGUUCCCAAAUGUUCUUCAACAUAUUCCUGGUCCUCAUCAGAAAGUUUUCAGAACCUUUGGCAAAUUAAAGCAGUUUGUAAUGGAUAAAGCAAAAUCACACCAACAGACUUUAGAUUUAAACUGCCCGAGGGAUUUCAUAGACAGCUUCCUAAUAAAGAUGGAGGAGGUAGGGAAUUGUUGAAUUACUAAUUAUUUCUCUAUACAAGCUCUAUAUCCAGCUACAUGUUGCAUAUUGGAAGGAGGUGAUGGUUUAUAAAACAAAAUAUUACAUAUGUUUCUCCAGGAAAAAAAUUAUCCAAACACUGAAUUUCACAAUGAAAAUUUAUGGGGAACAAUGUUGGACUUGUUUUUUGCUGGAACAGCGACCACAAGUACAACACUGAGAUACGGAUUCCUGAUUUUUCUCAAAUAUCCAGAGAUACAAGGUAACGUUCUUCAAUGAUAUUUCUUUAAAGAACAUUUUUUUGUUAGUUACUACAAAGUUCUGAUAAUGGAGUCCAUGUGUCCAUAGUAAGCACCCACAUUCAAGUAAUCAUUGCAUGGGACUUGGUCACAUUGCGAGUAGCUAAUAAUUGAUGACGAAAUAUAGUUAUCUGGAGGUGUAGUAACAGUGAAAGCUCACAACUCCAGCAGUGAUUGAAGGUGUAAACCUGCAUGAGAUUCUUGUGACCUGUGACCAAUACAGACUUUGGGUCUAGUUAAAGAAAAUGUCUGAGUAGUGAAAAAUAUAUAUUCUUUUGUUAAAGUACCUGUUCAUUCCUAUAAUUAAUGAAUGAGAGUUUGGGAUAUAAUUUAAAAACCUUGCAUUUCGGAUCAGAAACAUGAGACACACAAACAAAAUAGUAGAAAUGUGAUGCCAAGCGUAUAUAUGUUGGAGGCAAAAUUCACACCAAGUUGCAAGUGUCGAAAGUAGCCAAAGGAAAUACAAAUAUUUUGUUUUUGAAGGAGCUCACAAAAUGGGUCAAGAUUGGUAUUUUUGAAAAAUAGAAAAUAUUAUGUCUGGGAGAAAAAUCUAUUCAUCAAAAUUAGGGUAAGAGUAAAUUUAUUAAAGGAAACUUUAUAUUCAAUUUAUCCCAGAAGUAUUUGGUGGUAGUUUGAGCCAGCAAUGUACAAAGUAUUAGCAGUCAGGCUUGUUUUAGGAGCCAGAUAUAGAAAUAGGGGAGAUCAUUCCAAAAGUUUGAUGCUCCAGGUCCACGCAUCUCUUCACUCCUCUAACGGAGCUCCCUGUACCACUGGCUGGGUACCUCCUCCAACGACCGCUUACUAACUGGAACAUGGGACAAACCACAGCACUUCUGUCGAUAGUCGCCAUGGCUUGACUGGGGCCCUGGAACCGCUCCGUCCUGGAGCCGAAUGGGGUAUAAGCUCUAGACACCCCCAGGCACUGGGCGACACUCCUGGGAGCUUUAGUCCUUACAAGGACUUUCCAGGUUGAAUCUCCUCCAAGCUGGAACAGCAGACACAGGAGUAAAUCUUCUUUACUUCCAAUACAGGAUGACACACAGUUUUGGAGUGUAAGCUGGAAUAGAUUCUAAUGAUGCCACACUUGUCCUUAUAUGACAAUCCCCAUGCAAGGGGUACACCCACAUGGACCUUGUUGGGGACAGGGACACAAACUUACAAACCAAUAAUAACACAUUUACAAUGUAAGGCACUCCCACACACAACACAAAAUCCCUCCCUUCAGAUUGGGAGAUAAUUGGAUCAGAAACUCUACUAAUUCUGAUCCAAUUAUCUCCAAGCACAGAAAAAAAACAUACUUUCUAUAAAGCCCCCAAAGUACCCCAAAACACAUGAUAUCCCCACAAAUGUCACACCCCUGAUAGCCCUGACCUGGGUGACCAACAUAUCCAAAAAUCACCCAGAUCAGUACGAAGGUUAAAAAAUUCUAUGGAAUUCAUAAUUUUGACCGACCUUGCACAUGGUCCUAUGCCCAAAACAGUGAAUUUUCAUGAAAUCAGUGCUAACGGUCGGUCAACUUCGGUAGUCUUUUACAGGUUUCCCUACAGGGCCCAUAGUCUGUGGGCAGGAGGCUGGCAAGCAAGCUCCUCCAGGAACUCGUAGCAAACUCACUUGGACAGGGGAGUAUGUCACAUAUGGUUUAUUAUCAGGAAUUCUCUUUGUUUUGCAGGUAAUAGAAUGCCGAUGGGACAGUAUGUAUAUGUUAAUAUCGACAUCUAAAUAUCUACACUCCAGGAGUUAGUUACACAUAUCCAGGGUUAUUUUACUAAGUGAGAAUUAUUGGGAAUUCAUGGAGAUAUUUAAAAUUUAAGGUCAGAGUACACGUGGGAAGGGAAGUUUGUCACAGCUCCCAUGUGCAGGUGUUGGAUUUGAGCUAAUCUGGCUGCUUGGUAGUAAUGUUAAAAAUGGGGCAGACCAAGACCACCCAAUCCACCAGGAAUGUUCAAACUCGUGUUUUAUUCUUGGAUCAUCUGAACUCUACAGAGUAUACAUUGUUUAAAUCUGGAAUGUCCAAAGGAGUGUCUGAAAGAAACAAAGGAAGCAUGGGAAUGCAUUCAUCUUUUUAGAAACAAUUCUGCCAAGUAACAAAAUUCCAAAAUCUUGCCAAGAGGCCAGGAAAUAAUUAUGAAUUAAGGGAUUAGAAUUCAGAAUAUAAGCAUUGUUAAAAUCUGCUGGCAGAUUUUUCCAUAGGUGCAAAUUGUGACAGGAAUUAAAACUGAAAGUGGUACAUUGUCAAUAACAAGGUGAGAAGGGUGUCAUCUAAGUUUAAGGGAAGGAUGUCAGUUUUAUGCAGGUUUAGUUUUUUUUCCUAAGACCUUGGUGUAGAAGGAGAGAACUUCCAAGAGUAUAGGAAGAAAUAAGAUAGUGUUAGGUAAAGGAGCACGCCAGGAAAACAAACUCGUUUUUCUGGCACUUUAGGGUCAUUAGGUCCCCCCCAUCCUCAGGGCCUCCCUAUCGCUGGGCUGAAGGGGUUAAGACAGCCACUAGAGGCUGGAUUAACCCUCAGUGAAACAUUGCAGUUUCUCUGAAACUGCUAUGUUUUCAACUGCAGGGUUAAAACUAAAGGGACCUGGCACCCAGACCACUUCAUUGAGCUAAAGUGGUCUGGGUGCCUAUAGUGGUCCUUUAAGGACAAUAACAAAGCAUCUUCAUAAGCAGCAACUUUAUCAUUUUGGGAUUUCGCUGUCAGGCCUGGGAUAAGAGGAUUGCAACAGAUCAUUUGUAGAAAAUGGUUCCAUAGAAAGUGCAAAUAAUAUCAGGGAGAUGGGGCAUCCUUAUCAUGUACCAUUUCAAACUGUAAACCCAGGUGUAAUUGAGUACUUUUUUUUUUUCAUUUUGGUGAUGAAAGACUAAGUAAAUCUUCUCGUGGUUGUAUAUGUGUGUUUAAUUCUUUUUAUUAAAUGUUUUCAUGAAAGUAUUAAUAGACAUAACAACACCUAGGGGAGGGAACCUUACAGAAAAAAAAUAAGGAUUCCUAUCCCCAUUAGACAUACAUAAAUAUAAUGUUCUAUUUCAAAUUUCAUCAAUAAGCUGUCUAGAACACAAUAUAAUAACAAUAAUAUCCCAUAGAAUGGAUAUCGUGGUCCAAAAACGGCCUAAAAAAGCCUUAUAAAUAAAAUAGACAAAAACAAAGACAAAGACAAAACUGAUCAUAUGUAUUGCAGAUCCGAUACCACACUUAGAUAGAACAAUAUAAGGCCAAGGAAGCCAGUAAUAGAACCCGUUGUGAAAACAUCAGACUAACCAUAAGGAGGUCGUAUGAAGUAUCUCACCACUUCAGACUCAUUAAAGCCUAUUAAUUUUUUGGGCAAGACUAGAAUAGAACGUCAGAGCAUUAAAAUUAGGAUAUUCUCUCAUAGACAAUAAUCCCUUUUCCAUCUCGACUUGGAAUAGGAGUUGGGCUUUAACUUGAUCUCUCGUAGGAAUGUCAGUACUUUUCCAAAAUCUAGCAAUUAAUAUUUUAGUAGCCAAUAAACAGUGUAUAAUCACAAUAUCAAGAUUAUCCUUAAUUUCUGAGCCCAAAAGAUGGAGUAGAGCGAUUUCCGGUUUGAAUUCCAAAUAAGUACCUCCAAUUCUAUUUAUAAAUUCAUAUGUAAUCGUCCAAAGAGAUUUGAUUCGAUGGCAGGACCACCAUAUAUGAACCAUAGAGCCAUCUGGAUGUAGACACCGCCAACAGUUAGACGGGUUAGUAAUAGAAAUUUUAGCGAGUCUAAUCGGUACCAAGUACCAUCUGAAUAAUAUUUUAAUAAAAGUCUCUAGGAUAUUCAAACAGUGAAUAAUUUUUUUAGUCCUUACAAAGGAUUUACACCAACUAUUAAAUGGAAUAGAAAUUGCUAGAUCAGUUUCCCAUUUAGUUAAGGCUUUGGGGAUGAGAGGGGUCCCUUUCGUUUUUAUUAAUUCAACUGCAAUAGAGAAGAUCCUUUUGACAUAAUACCCCGAAAAUUUUUUCCUAAACAAUAUUCCAAAACGGCCUUCUAAAACCAAUAUAUUAUCUUUCAAAUAGCUCUUAAUACGAAGAAAGUUAAAUAAUUCUCUAGAGGGUAAAUCUAACCAAUUUUUCAGAACAUCAAAGCUUUUCAAUUGGUGGUCAUUAUAAAGAUCUUUUAUCUUAUGAUUAGAGUCUUUAUACCAAUUCGUCAAAUUUAUCUCUAGCAUAAAACAUUUUAACGACCUUAGACUCAGGUUCUCAUAUAUUUUUCUGUUAAUAUUCAACUUCUUCUUUAUAAUAGUCCAUUCUUUUAAUGUCUGUGAUAGAGACAAAGGACAAUGAGAACCAAUCUCACACAGAUGCCUAUUCUGGCUUGCCUCUCUCCAUCAGAGGAAUUCGAGGUUAUCUAAACCAAGUCUGGCUGCUUCAAUUUUAUACCAGGCUUAGUCUGUAGAGUCGCUUAAUUGUAAUUUACUGGCAUGAACUAGUAUAUUUGCCUGGUAGAUUUGAUUAACAAGGGGGUAACCCCAACCCCCCCUGAUGGGCCUUCCUUGAUAGAUUGUAUGUACUAAUUCUUGGUCUCUUCCCAUUCCUUGUAUAUGUGACCUUCCGGUUACGCACACAGUGCUAAAGAAAAUGCAUUAACUCAUUGCUGUAUCAUGCAAUCAUGGUCUGUAAAUCAAAACAAAAAAAAAAAAUUUAGUUUUUAGGUCAAAUGUUUUUCUGUUUCUUCUUCAGAGAAAGUGCAGAAUGAGAUUGAUUGUAUAAUUGGAAAAGAUCGCAGUCCAUCAGUGGAGGACCGGAGUAAGAUGCCAUACACAGAUGCAGUGAUUCAUGAAAUCCAGAGAGUGGCUGAUAUUAUCCCAACAGGACUGAUCCAUGCAGCCAGCAAAGACACAACUUUCAGAGGAUUUCACAUUCCCAAGGUGAGUAGAGUUUAACAUUUGGACAAUUCUAUAAAUGUAUAUUUACAUGGGAUCAAUAUUCUGAUAAUCAAUAAUUGAUAAAUGCCUAAAUUCAAACAAAUCCAUGUUUUAGGGAGCCUUACUAUUUCUAGUACUAUCCUCGGUGUUAAAGGACUCCAAGUACUUUAAAAACCCCCAGGAGUUUAACCCUGGUCACUUUCUGGAUGAUAACGGAUGUUUUAAAAAGAAUGAAGCCUUCAUGCCAUUCUCUGUAGGUAAUACUAUUGUAUCAAUAAUAUAUAUUUAAUAUAGUCUGUGGAUCCUCCAGUGAAAGUUUCACGUUCUUAUCUUCUAUAUCAUCUUGUCCAGGUAAACGUGUGUGUGCAGGGGAGGGUCUAGCUCGCAUGGAGCUCUUUCUCUUCCUCACCACCAUCUUGCAAAUGUUCACACUAAAGCCGACAGUAGAUAAGAAAGAUAUUGAUAUCACACCUGAGCCAAAAACCAAUGGUGGAAAACCUCGAACCUACAUGAUGUAUGCUGUGCCUCGCUGAAAUUCCUUAAUACUGUGCCCAACCCUUGGAACCAACCCUUUAGCGUUUUCUGUUUGUUUAAUAAUUACUGUGAAUUAAAUAAUGUUAGAGGAACAAAAUGUCUCUUUGUCAUUGAACAUUUGUGUGUGUGUAUGUGCCUCUCUUUUUUGUGUGUCUGUAUGUGUUUUUUAUCCAGUAUUGAGAUGCAUGUAUUCCUGUAUAUGUGGCUGGGUUCCACUCCGCAGCUGACCAAUGAUAAUACGAAAUCUAGAAAAUGCCAAGUUAGAUAUCUCAGCAGGUGUUUGCACCAUGGAUGGCAGUUUUCUAGGGAGCAUGUCUAGCUGACCUUAUCACUGAUAUUAUGAGAUCUUGUACAUUAUUCACUACUGGAUCUGUACCCACAUACAUCAUGUUAUGUGCUCUGCCGUCACAUUCUAUGUUUCUAUGUUUCUAUGGUUUUGAUCCUGCCAGUAUACCAAAUCUACAGUCUUCCCAUUGCUAUGUGUUCACAUUGAGUUCAUUGUCCGAGAAGCACAUUUUCCUAAAAAUUAUACACACGUACACACACACACACACACUGAAUUUCUGGCAAUUCGGGCAAUUCAAAACUCUCUGAUUGGUUACUUUCAAUCCACCAAUCAGAGUGUUGUUAUGAGUCAAAUUACGCAGGUUGGAAAAAUUACAAAGAACUUUCCCACGCUGUGUAAAAUGACACAGAGCACUCUGAUUGGCUGGAUUUCAAGCUAACCAAUCAGAGUGCUGUGACAGGUAAAUGUAGAGACUUACCUGUCAGUCUCUUCAUUUACCUGUCAGAGCACUCUGAUUGGAUGGCUUAAAGCAACCAACUAGAGUGCUCUGAGCCUAAUUGCCUAAAAGCCUUCCCCCGCUCUGCCGAGCUCAUUCUGCGCAGUGUACUCCAUGGGUGAUCAUGGAUUAUUUUUUUUUGUGCUCUGGUUUUUUUCAAAGUGCGUCGGUUAUUAUGGAUCUUUAUUUGACCAUUUUUAGGGCUGAAAAAAUAAGAUUUUAGAAGAAUGAGGACAUCAAAUGGUAAGUUUUUAUUUGCUUUUUUUACAGGUAUCUAGUUAAUGGUCCCCCCUUAUUAUUUUUAGGGUGAGCGGGGUCAGUGGGUGUUAUUUUUUUGGGGGAGGGGGUGACUACUGGUUUGGGGACCCCUAGUCACCCGGGGGGUUAAAUUUUUAUUUAGGGCCACAACCCGCUGCUCAGGGGUGGGGGCCAGAGGGGAGGACAAUAGGUCUCCCCCCUUAUUCUAAUUUAGGGGCCCCAUCCACCGCUCAGGGCUGGGGCCGGAGGGGAGGACAAUAGGUCCCCCCCUUAUUCUAACUUAGGGCCCCAACCCGCCACUUAGGGGUGGGGGUGGAGGAGGGCAUUAGGUCCCCACCUUAUUCUAAUUUAGGGCACCCACCCGCCACUCAUGGGUCUCAAUUUAGGUCUUUCAGCCUUUUGGUAGAUAACUCCCUAAUACCACGGGAAUUAGGUAGUUAUCUACUAAGUGGCUGCAAGAGAAGUCCCGAAAUUCCAAAAUGCCGUACAGAACUGAAGUGCCGAAGUCCCGAAGUUCCAAAUUGCUGAAUUCCCGAAUAUCGGAAUGCCUAACCGAUCAAAACUUUUCCUCAUGCACAUCCCUACACCCCAACACACACUGCACCCCCUCACACACACUGCAUCCCACACACACAUACACUGCACCCCUACACACACUGCAUUUUCACACACACACACUACACCCCAAUACACGUACAGUGCAACCUACAAACAGAAACACACUACACACUUUACACAUACACUGCACCCUUCACACAGACACACUGCACCCCUCACACACUGAAAGUGGAGUCUCUAACACAUUGGGGAGACCUGUAUGUGUCCCCUAGAUCCCCACUCAUGGAAUUCAUUCUGUUGUCAUUGUUUACUAUGCUUAUCAUGCUGAGUCUGGACUCAACAUUUAUAACAAGAAUUAGCAUAGAAUUUGUAUUUGUAAAUAAGGGAGAUUUCCUCCUGAUGCUACUCGCUGUGCUGCCUGUGGCUGCUCACUGUUGUUAAAAAUAAAUAAAUAAAAGACCUCCCCCCACCUCUGAAUCCAAUAAAGUGCCUCAUGGUGGGGCACCUUUUAAAAUAAUUAACCCAAGCACAACCCCGCAAGUAAAUAUUGAGUCCUUGCAGGUAAUGCUCAAGAUUUACCUGCUAGACCACUUUGAUUGGUUGUUUUUUUAGGGCUGAAAAAAAUAAUAUUUUAGAAAAAAGACAUUUAAUGGUAAAUAUGAUUUUUUUAAUAUUUUUCAGGUAUUUAGUAUAUUCCUCCCCCCUUACUAUAAUUAGGGUGAGGGGGUAGGUACGUUUUUAUUUUAUUGGAGAGGGUGCUUAGGGACCCCUUGUCACUAGGGGGGUGACUAUGGUAUAUUAUCACUUAAGGCCCCCCUGCCGCCACUCGUGUGGAGGCAGGGGGGAGGCAGUACGCCCCCCUCUCUUUGUCACUUAGGCCCACCACCCACUGCUCGGGUGGGGGGGCCAAGGGAGGACACUAUGCCCCCCCAGUUAAUUAUUUUAAUAGAUGCCCCACCAUGGGGGCAUGGGGUGCCUGUACUGGAUCUCCCUUUAUUGAAUUCAAGGUGGGGUCCCUUUUUUACACUACUGAGCAGCCACUGGCUGCUCACUGUUUAGCAGACAUGCCCCAACUCCCAGCAUAGAGAGUAGGGGCAUUAGGGAGAUUUUUUUUAUCUCCUUUGUGCUAAUAUGCUCCCCGCCGCUUUUAUUUUUACAUAUUACAGGGAGGGAGCCAUGAGCCGAUAGCACUCUCCUCGUAAUAAACUAAAUGAAUGAACAAAGACCAAAAUUCAGAAUUUCGGACAAUAGCGAACGCCCAAGUAUUAAACUGGGUAUGGGCAGGAAUUUCAGAGUACUAGCUAGUGUGAGCAGAUGAUGUGUCCCACAGGGCGGCAGAAAUCCUUGCACCUGUCCUGUUAUUAAUACAUAUAAUAAAGACAACAGAGGACAUCCUGUCAGGUCCCAUUGUUAAGUUCAGUCUGUAUAUUUUGACCUACCGUCUUCGCAGAGGGACAUGAAUAUAAGGAUUUAAUAGAGCUGAACAUAAACCCAUCCAUACCAAAACAUCUUAAAGACUAAAACAGAAACUCCCAAUCUACACAAUCAAAUGCUUUUUCAGCGUCUAUUUAGAUUGUUAUGAGGUUGUUUAUCUCCGUUAGCUCUUUCUAGCAGAUUAAUUAUUCUUCUAAUAUUACUAUAUGGUCUUCUUCCUGAUAUAAAACCGAUUUGAUCUUUGUGUACUAUAUCAGGGAGUAUCUGUUUCAGUCUCUUAGCCAAAAUAGCCACCAUCAAUUUUGCAUCUGAAUUAAUUAGCUAUAUUGGUCUAUAAUUCACAACUUUUUCCGGGUCUUUCUUUGAUUUAAGAAUAGGAAUAAUAUUGUCCCUAAGGAACUCUUCUGGAGUGUGCCCCCUGUCGUCCAUCUCAUUAAAUGCCUCUGCCAGAUAGCCACUAAUAUUUUCUUUCAUAAUUUUAUAGAACAUUCCACUACACCCGUCAGGGCCAGGUGAUUUUUGUUUUUUCUUAUUUUCAAUAGCCCAUUCUACCUCUUCCUCACUAAUAGGGUUAUUUAAUUCUUUAUUUUGUAUGUUAGAAAUUUUUUGUAUCUUUUGAUAAUCCAAAUAUUUAUUUAUUUUAUCCGGGACUGUUUUUGUAGAACCGUUAUAUAGUUUACUGUAGUAUUUAUUGAAAACUGUACCUAUUUCUUUUGGUGACAUGUGGGUACAGCCUUCUUCAUUCGUAAUUUAUAUAUGCGAUUAUUUGCCUGUUUUUUUUUUUUUUUAAUUGAUUGGAUAAUAUUUUAUCUGCUUUAUUAUUUGUAUGGUACCACGUCUGUUUUAAUUUUUCUAAUUUCCAACUCAUCCUUUUAAUUUUGAGUUCUUUAAUCUGUCUCUGAAAGCUCAUCAUUUAAUUGGAUCUGUUUACAGUAGGGGUUAUCUCAUUCUCUUUUUGUAAACUGUAGAGUUGGAUAUAUAAUAUGUUAGCAUCAUUCCCUCUUUGUUUUUUUCACUAUUGCACCCAUUUUUAUCAGAUAGCUUCUACAUACACUUUUUGUAGGCACACCAUAAAGCUUAAAGGACCACUCUAGGCACCCAGACCACUUCAGCUUAAUGAAGUGGUCUGGGUGCCAGGUCCAGCUAGGGUUAACCCAUUUUUCAUAAACAUAGCAGUUUCAGAGAAACUGCUAUGUUUAUGAAUGGGUUAAGCCUUCCCCCUAAUCCUCUAGUGGCUGUCUCAUUGACAGCCACUAGAAGCGCUUGCGUGCUUCUCACUGUGAUUUUCACAGUGAGAGCACGCCAGCGUCCAUAGGAAAGCAUUAUGAAUGCUUUCCUAUGUGACCGACUGAAUGCGCGCGCAGCUCUUGCCGCGCGUGCGCAUUCAGCCGACGGGGAGGAGAAGAGGAGGAUCGGAGGAGGAGAGCUCUCCGCCCAGCGCUGGAAAAAGGUAAGUUUUAACCCCUUUCCCCCUUCCAGAGCCGGGCGGGAGGGGGACCCUGAGGGUGGGGGCACCCUCAGGGCCCUAUAGUGCCAGGAAAACGAGUAUGUUUUCCUGGCACUAUAGUGGUCCUUUAAAAUAAUGUGUAUAUUAGGCUAAAAACAAUAUAGUGAUAGAGUGCUUCAAAAACCUUUGUGGGUCACUCCACCACACACAGAUAAGUGAAAUAAAAUGGUAAGAAUAGUGAGAGCACACAAAAAAAAUAAAUAAGCUGCUUUAUGUUUAACUGAAUUUACAUUUUCAUUAAAAUAUGUCGGCCAUUUUUUUUAAAUGCAUUAAAUUUUAGUUAGAAGUUUCUCAUUUAAUCUUCAUUAUCUAUGUGCAUUGUAUAUAUUAUCAUCUUUAAUCACCCAAACUAUUGCAUUAUGGUCUGACCACAUCAUUUCUUUGAUGAAACUCUUAUUUAUUCUAUUAACCAGCGUGUGGUCAGUCCACACCAUAUCUAUUCUGGCGUAAGAACAAUGUACAAAAGAGAAAUGUGUAUAAUCUCUUGCCUGUGGAUUUAUAAUACUCCAUAUAUCAUAUAAUUUGAAUUUUUUAUCAAGCAGUCCCAGGCGUGUGCUGACUUUUUAAUUUUAUUACAGGAAAAUAGAAACUGGUCUGCUUAAUGCAAACACAGAGGGGUGAGGGAGUCUGACUUAAAGUAAAUAGCUCGAAACUGAACAAAGACAGGAAUACACCCAAAACCUGUCUGGAAAUAUAGAAAACAGGGAUACCUUCAAAGGUGAUGUGUUCAGGAGCAAAUUCACUUUAUAUGUGACUUCGUUGGUAUGGUAAAAUAAAGUAUCUAAAAUGCUGGGUGGUAACUGUGCCAGAAUGUAUGGUGUGUAUACCUUUAAAUCUGCUACAGGCAGAAUCUGUUUGGUACACACCGAAUGAUCUGCUUAAUACAAGGUUGUUGCUAAAUACAAAAUAACCAUAUGAGACCUGGUUACCUGUUAUGUAUAAAAUUAACACACUGUUUAAAAUAGUGUGUAUAUUGCUUUAAGUAAUCCGUUGGAAAACUAGACAGUGCACAGAACAGUAUUAUAUUUCAAUAAGGAGAUAUAAAAAACUCCAUAAUAACUGUAUUAGUUAUAAUCACUUGAGAAUUAAGCAAAAACUACAAGUGAAAGUAAAAAACCACUAUUAACAAAAUGUAUUUAAAAAAGAUAAUGUAGAAAUUUAUUCAUCAUAUAAAAAACAUAAAAGAAUAGUCCAAAUUUGGAAUAAAAAUACAAAUACAAAAAAUGAGAGCCAGGAACGAUUAGCAAGUCUUUAGCCACUGCAGAUUUCGCACAAAUAGCUUCAUCCACACUGUAACUGUUAAGGAUUACAGUGGAUACUAUUGUAUCAAAAUUGGAGAGAAAUUACUUGCCGGCUGCUGGGGAGGUUGGCGUGCGUGCCAAACCUCACUCUGAUUCUCAGAUGCUCGGCAGUCCGUCUGUCCCCAGGUCGUAAGUGCCGUAUGUGGGAAGAAGAGAAGUGCUGCUGCUGGCGUCUGGCUGCUCCGUCGUAUCCUGCUCACUAUCACUGCUGGUCUAACGCGUUUCGUGGGUGUCAGCCCCACUUCUUCAGAGACAUGCUGCAGCUGGAUUGGAAUGUGUGUCUUAUAUACAGAGCUGAUGGGCUGCAUGUAUUAUUUAUUAACUAGACAUGUAAAUCUCAUUUUAUAUACAUAGAAUGGUUGUAAAAACAAGUUGUGAACUAAGAACAAAUUAUAAAUAAAAUACAAUAAAAUAAAAUACAGUGGUUUGAUACUUAUUGAAAUGAUACAUACACAAAUAAAGUAUUGAAUGUGUAAAUUAAAAUUACUAUAUCAUAAUCAGUUUUUAAAAAUUGAAAGUUAGUAGGCUUAUAAGCAAUUAUAGAAUUGAUUAUAAUAAAAGAUAAAUCAGAAAGGGAAAUGGAUAUGCACUUAGAAAACGAUCUGUGGAAAAAUUGGAUAUAUUAUAAAAAGGUCAUAGAGAAUUUGAAGUAGAGGCUGUGCCCCAAGUUACAUUACGAACCCACAUGGUAUCAUAAGUGAUUAAUAUAAUGUGAGAGGAUCAUAAAAGCAUUAGAAUAAAGGCUGUGCACGGAGUCAUAUUACAAAUGUAAAUGGUAUCAGUAGUGAUUAGUGCAUACUAGGAAGAGUAUAUUCAAAAUAGAAGCUGUGCCUGAACUUAUAAUGCCAAUGCAAGUAGUAUCAGUAUCCCAAUGGAAUAACCAGAUUGGGAUUUUACAGUAUCAUUAUCAUGAUGAAAUAUCUAAUUAAAAUUGUAAAGAGAAUAUGUGAAAAGAGAGAAAAAUGUGAAUGCAGUAAUAUUAUACUACAUAUAUAGUGUCUCUACUGAGGUAGAUAAUAGUUGGAUAAAAUAUCCUAAAAUGUGAAUUACGACUAUAUACUGAGUAGGAGAACUUAGUGCAAGGAAUUGGAAAGUGAUGGAUGAUAUUACUCAAUAUAAAGUGCGCAGUGUCAAAAUGUGCAUGUGUAUGUGUAAAAAACUGGGUUGUAUGAAAAAAAAAAGGGAAGGUAAACUUUAUAAGAAUGCAUUAAGUUCAAAAUCUAAAUUAAGACCCUUAGGGGCCAAAGUCUCUAGGUGGAAUAUCCACCUAGCUUCUGUUUGGUCCAGAUUCUUAUCUAUAUCGCCCCCUCUCCAAUUUACAUCUACCUUUUCAAUCGGUAGGAAUCUUAGUCCUGUGGGGUCUCCUCCGUGAAAGUCUUGGAAAUGUCUUGACAAAUUGUGGGUUUGGAGACCCCUUCUAAUGUUCCUUAUAUGUUCCGCCAUCCUCGUCUUCAAUGCCCUUUUUGUACGUCCUACAUACUGUUUAGAACAUGGACAUGUGAUGAGAUAGAUAACUCCUUUUGAAUCACAAUUCAUGUUGGUCUUAAUAUCAUAUUCCUUCGUGCCAUCCAUAGAUGUGAAUUUAGUGAUUUCAAGAUCCAGAGAAGGAUUAUUUGUACACGCAACACAUUUUUUACACCGCUUGAAACUUUUUGUAGCCAUCGUGUCUUGUUGGAUCUUACAUUGCUUGAGAGUUGGAGCCAAGAGUGAUUGUAGAUUGGGUGCUUUAGUGAAGAUGAUACGUGGUUGGUUCUCCAAAAUACCUAUCAGGGAAGGGUCGCUCAUGAGGAUAUUCCAAUGUUUCUUUAGGAUUUUCUCUAUAGUGCGAGAUUGGUGGUUAAAUUGGGUUAUGAAAGCUGGUAUGGGUUGAUUCAUCUCAAUGGUUCCAACUUUAUUUUUGAGGGUAUCUUGUCUUGGAAUGGUUAAAGCUCUAGUUUUGGCCUCAGUAAGUAAUGUUAUGGGAUAGCCUUUGUUGAUAAAUCUUUGCUGCAUCUCCUCCAUUUGUUCACCGCAUGCUUGUGUGUUUGAGCAGUUCCUUCUAAUCCGCCUAAAUUGGCUCAAAAACAUCCCAUAUAGCCAAUUUGACCUUUUUAUAAUAUAUCCAAUUUUUCCACAGAUCGUUUUCUAAGUGCAUAUCCAUUUCCCUUUUUGAUUUAUCUUUUAUUAUAAUCAAUUCUAUAAUUGCUUAUAAGCCUACUAACUUUCAAUUUUUAAAAACUGAUUAUGAUAUAGUAAUUUUAAUUUACACAUUCAAUACUGUAUUUGUGUAUGUAUCAUUUCAAUAAGUAUCAAACCACUGUAUUUUAUUUUAUUGUAUUUUAUUUAUAAUUUGUUCUUAGUUCACAACUUGUUUUUACAACCAUUCUAUGUAUAUAAAAUGAGAUUUACAUGUCUAGUUAAUAAAUAAUACAUGCAGCCCAUCAGCUCUGUAUAUAAGACACACAUUCCAAUCCAGCUGCAGCAUGUCUCUGAAGAAGUGGGGCUGACACCCACGAAACGCGUUAGACCAGCAGUGAUAGUGAGCAGGAUACGACGGAGCAGCCAGACGCCAGCAGCAGCACUUCUCUUCUUCCCACAUACGGCACUUACGACCUGGGGACAGACGGACUGCCGAGCAUCUGAGAAUCAGAGUGAGGUUUGGCACGCACGCCAACCUCCCCAGCAGCCGGCAAGUAAUUUCUCUCCAAUUUUGAUACAAUAGUAUCCACUGUAAUCCUUAACAGUUACAGUGUGGAUGAAGCUAUUUGUGCGAAAUCUGCAGUGGCUAAAGACUUGCUAAUCGUUCCUGGCUCUCAUUUUUUGUAUUUGUAUUUUUAUUCCAAAUUUGGACUAUUCUUUUAUGUUUUUUAUAUGAUGAAUAAAUUUCUACAUUAUCUUUUUUAAAUACAUUUUGUUAAUAGUGGUUUUUUACUUUCACUUGUAGUUUUUGCUUAAUUCUCAAGUGAUUAUAACUAAUACAGUUAUUAUGGAGUUUUUUAUAUCUCCUUAUUGAAAUAUAAUACUGUUCUGUGCACUGUCUAGUUUUCCAACGGAUUACUUAAAGCAAUAUACACACUAUUUUAAACAGUGUGUUAAUUUUAUACAUAACAGGUAACCAGGUCUCAUAUGGUUAUUUUGUAUUUAGCAACAACCUUGUAUUAAGCAGAUCAUUCGGUGUGUACCAAACAGAUUCUGCCUGUAGCAGAUUUAAAGGUAUACACACCAUACAUUCUGGCACAGUUACCACCCAGCAUUUUAGAUACUUUAUUUUACCAUACCAACGAAGUCACAUAUAAAGUGAAUUUGCUCCUGAACACAUCACCUUUGAAGGUAUCCCUGUUUUUUAAUUUUUUUGUUUAUUGUUUUAUCUUGGGAUAUCCUUUUACCUAACUCGCUAUCCAUAAUAGAAUUAAAACUGAUUUUUUCAUUUUUUUUCUAACAUUUUUUUUUAAUAAAACAGACCGGAUUUAUAUUUGGUGCAUAUAUAUUUAUCAAAGAAUAUAAUUUCAUCUCUAUCCUACAUAUCAGUAUUAUAUGUCAGGCCUCUGGAUCACACUCUUGAUAUAUUACAUCUGGAUUUAAUUUGUUUGAGAUUAAAAUAGCUACACCUUUAUUUUAUUUUCUUUAGAGGAGGCAACUACUACCCUAGAAAAGUGACUAUCUGGCAGUGGCAGGAAACAUAUAACUACUUUUUCUUUUUAAAACAUUUUGAUCAGAGAAGAUCUUUUAUAUGGUGAAUUUAAACCUUGGGCAUUAAUUGACAUGAACCUAAUCAUGAGAGAUAUAUUUCUGACCUCCAUUUCUCAUGCAUUCGUCCCUGAGCAAGAAGUUCACAAAUAACAUACAUAAAACCACAUGUUUGAUGAACAUAAUUAGCUCUUCUAUAAUCUCUAACAUCUUUGGCCGCCUAAGUUCCCCUCCCGUAACGGCCCUAGAUGUUAGAGAUAGAUUAUUGUCAAAGCAAUAAAUCAGGUUCUGUACUAUUUGCUUUUACUGCAAUAAAAUACACAUAUUUGUAUUCAGCGAUGUCUCACGUGUAAAACAGUACCCCCUAUGUACAGGUUUACUGGUGUUUUGGGAAGUUACAGGGUUAGAUAUAGCAUGAUACAUUUUUUAUUUUUUUUACAAUUGAAAUUCGCCAGAUUGGUUAUGUGUGGAUCACACACAACCACAAAGACACAUCCCACAAUCCUCCCCCUCCCAGAGGUCCCAGCAUUGGAAGGGACUCCAUUCCCUUUGUCCCAAAAGCCUGCCACCAAAUCCCCGGGGCUCCGUACACCAACUGCCAGGAGUCUUUGUCCCUCGGAAGCCCGCCCGCGAAAAAAUAGCUGGUCUCUUUUGGGUCACGAGAGCCCGCCAAAACUCGCCAGUGCCGCAGAAGUGCAUACACCAAUUUCAGGGAUUAUCGCCUCGGUCCCUUGAUCAACCAGUCUCUGUUUGUGAGGUCCUAGUGUGAAUCCCAGACAAGGGAAGCAUCUUCUGUACAAAUGGCGACUACCCAGGUUUCACACCUAUGUUGCGGGUGCAAGCGUUCUGAAUAAUUGGUGUAAAUCUUCUAAUAGGGCACUGGGAAGGCCCUCUUUCUGGACAUGAACAAGUCAGGAUACAAUCCACGAAUGCUCCCCCUGGUGGCGUUUGACUGUAUGAAUGACGACCACCCAGGGAAGCACUCAUUAAUUGUUUUCCCUUGCAGUUUGUGGUUUUGACAUUUAUGUUGCGAGGUGAUUGGGAGGUGUGCACAUUCUAUACUAACAUUCGGGAGGUGAAUGAAUGCACUUCGUGGAAGCGCUCCCGAAUGGGGAGCGGGCAUAACAAAUGAAAAUACAGGGAAAAUACACGUGAAAGAGAGGGGAAAUACACGUACAGGCAGUGGUUUUGCCACAAUAUGCAAGGCUCGAUACAAGUGACAUUGCUAUCAAAAACCUGCUCAAAUCUAUACUUUCCUGUGGUCACCUCUAAAGAGGCAUCUCAAGCUGGAAGACUGGGCAGGUUGCUCAACCCAAAAAGAAUCUGGUCUGCAAACUUACAUAAAAAAAGACAAAAAGGAAUUGGGGGCACAAUCCGAACAUUUCUCGGCAUUUCUCAGCAAUGCUGCUGCCGUAGAGACCAACAUUUAUACAAUAUUCAUCUUAAGGAACAGCACACGCAUAAAUAAACAGUUUUUCAUUUUACAAGGCUAUUUUAAAUCACCUAUCUCAGCAAAUAAAUAUGGGGAUUCAGUUCUACCAUAUGGCCAUAUUGUGUUAAAAGAAAAAACGAUUAUAAAUAGGAUGGCGCAAAUGAGAGAAGGAUCUUAGUACAUGCAGCAACCAACAAAAACAAAUCCUGGUAAAAUGAUUUGAACAUAAAAUAACUCACAGUAGUGAUGGUGCGCAACAACGAAAAAUCGUAUUCACUAUGGACCUCUUAUAGAGAGUGAAAGUAACCCUGUGUACAUGAAAUGAGGUGUUUACAGAGUGGAAAUAUUAUAAAUAAUUAAAAACCAAACAGUGGUUGUGGUAAAUUCACUUAUAAAUAUAUAAAAUAAAGCAAACAGAGGUGCCCUUUAGGUGUUACACUCACAAGAUUGGAGUGGUAAAAGCACCACUCGUUGCUAUAGCACUCAGGGAGGAUCAGCCCCUAGAGUGCGUGGGAUCCGUGGAAAGGAAGCUUGCAAUCCGGAUCUCAGGUAAGUAUACUUUAUUAUUACAAUUGAAAAACAGCAAAACUUGUUGUGGAGUUAGUUAGUCCGCUCACCAGCCUCAGGAAACUGCAAAGAAAGUUCCAUAUGCUCAUGUAAUGUAAAAAAAUCUUCCGGCUGUUGCCGACUGUCUCCAAAUCACUUCCUGGUUCCGGGUCCAUAUUGUGUUAAACCCACCACUACUCCACAGUACUCCAAUAUCGGUGGGUCCUACACUAAUUCCAACGUGUCAGACAUAUUAUAUAGUGCUAGCGCAAAAUAAACUAAACUGUAUUUAAAUAAUCUGUUUUACAGCAAUUGUGAAUUAAUAUAUAAUGCUAAAUUAAUAUGAUAAACACCAAAAAAGCAGUGUCAAAACGAAUCAUUUUGAUUUGAUGUAGAUACUCAAAAUGCAUUUCAUAUAUCUGCUCUAUACCAAAUCUAACAUAUAAUUAAAGUGACAUUGAUUUGCUCUGUCGCUUAAUCUGUGUUUUGAAUUGAUUCCAGAAGAGUACAAAUCAGCAUUAUAACCCCGUGUGACCUCUUGUAUUUCCAGCUGCCUGCGAUUACUCCUUCAACUUUAAUACCGCAGUGCAUGAUGAGCUAAGGUGUAUGCUUGGAGUGUAUUGGAAGGGGGAGAAAGGGAGGGGAAAGAGGGGUGUAUGAGUAAAGAGAACUAAGUGGAGGACGGUAGUAUGAGAAGAAUGGAACAAGUGGAGGAAAGGAAGGAUAAAGGGAGAUAACCACAGAUGAGGAAUGAAGUAAAGAAACAAUUCUGAGGGAAAGAUAAAUUAAUAGAGGGCAACCAACGGAGGGAAAUAAAAGGGGUAGAUGGGGAUUGAAAACUUACAAACACAAACUCCCAUCCUCACCUCUACUUACGUACACUAUCAGUCAUCCAUUAACCUCGUAACAUAUCCUCAACUCACCUGCAGAUCACUUGUACUUAACCUUCCUGUCACAUAGCUCCCUCACCUACCCAUUUACACACACCGUCCUGACACAUUCACACACUACUUACCUGCUUCCAUCCAUUCACACAUCGCAAAGUCUCAUUCAGUCACAUACUCUGAGCUAGUCAUAUUAUCCUAUCCACCUCCACCUCCCCUUUCAGUAAUACCAACUCUGUCACAUUCAAACACAGCCACCUACCGCCACCCACCUGGUCAUCUAUUCCCAUACAACCACAAAACUCUUUAUAUUCAUACAUCCAAUCACAUAAGCAGAAUGUUGCAUAUAUAUAUAUAUAUAUAUAUAUAUAUAUAUAUAUAUAAAUAUAUGUAAAGGGCAAGAGUGCAUUUAGGAAUCUGGUCUUGGGACAACAGAGUGUAAAUCAGGCCCUGUUUGUGAGGUAUAACAAAUUUGAUUGGUCUCAUUUAAGAUGCAGGCAAGCAGCCCAGACGUGCCCAGCAAGAGCUCCCACGUCUGGGGACAAAAAAAGGGGUACAGCGCCUGAACACUGUCACCCACAGACCACAGAACACGAUACACCUAACCAGGAAAGGCUACUGAAUAGAAUAGUACCUCUCACAAGCUCCUGCACAGCCACCCUGGCACAACGAGGCCUGCGGCCUACACGGGACCGAGCCACGGAGAGACGGCCGCUCUCCGGGUGCAUCCAAAGUAACAGGGACCAUGGCGAAGUACUCACCCCCCCUGGACCAGCGGGGGUUAUCCCGGUCAUCAUAAAACAGCUCUACUCACCCAAUUCUCACCACUGGUCAGCUAAUGCUGCGCACACAGUCAAACCACAAAGACCAAGAUGGUGGCAACUGACCACUAGACGGAGACAGACGAGCAGCACAAAUGCUUGAACAGCGCAUAGACGACUUGUUCAAAAGAUUCUGGUGAAAGUUCCUACACAAUGCAGAAUGCAGGGGCUGCCAUUACAACCACGUAUGCUCUGCCGAAGAGACCACAAGGCCCCUGGAGGAUGGACAAACCUGGCCAGCCACGGAGACUGACAUACUCCCUGAGGGUGCGGAUAGCUUACUAUGGACGAGCACGGCACAAGCGGCGCAUAUACACCCAUGGAGAAGGAAGAACAAGGCACCCAAGAGGCAUAAAGCACCAAGGCCAUCCACGACCUAACCUAAACCACUUACCCACUACAGGGACAGUAUCGCAAAAGCUCUUUACUUACAGGCAAUCAUCCUCACAUUUUCCCCGCAUGCUGCACCCCUGGGACACCGGGAAGCAGUUCCCACCAGCACCAUAGACGGCUCCGCUGGAAUUGGCCUCACACAGGGGCAUUGGCUAAACAGACUCACAUGGACUAUCAUUACAGCCCCAAGCAGGGGAACGGGCUGAUGCUGGACUAUCCGACUGAGGCCACCUUUCUCCCACCAAUGCAAUGCCUACUAUCAUAACUCAAUGUAUUAAUGCUUUAGUGUCCUCCUUUUCAAGACAUCUUUCUUUUGCUUUCCAUGGGACAAUAUGUAUAAUGCAGCUAUGCAGAAGACACUACAGACCUUGUUUAACCUGUUGGACUCCUGCUAUAACUCUGCCCUCAUGUACCCAUGCUUAUGAUCUUCUUUUCUUUCAAUUUGUCCCAUACACAUCUCUACCUAUGCUCAAUACCACAAAGCGCUAUGAGAUAACGAUCUUGCCUCCUACCAGAAGCCUAGCCUAAUAGGCUGCCUAGCACCAUUCCCAAGCAAUAAUUUUAUAGUUGAUACACUUAUACUUAUACUGCACCUAGCGCAGCAUACCACCCAGUACAAUACACUAGCAAGCACUAGGGCGCAUUUACUCGCUUCAGACACCCAGGCAUGUAUCUCUUUUUAAGCUUAAUGUCAGUUUGCACUAACAAACCGAGGUACAUUUUCACAGUGCACUAAGCCCCUCGCAGUCGUACCCAAGGUCAGAACAAGCAAUGGGUCACCCUAUAAGGGCCGCUCAUCCACUCGUGGUCACAUGUUGCCUAACCUACUUAAAGUGCAACACCACCUUAAUCCAUAUUUUACUUUAACUUGAGUUUAACCACUGCUGCAUGCUUCAGCCUAUUGUUCUUAUACGAAAUCUGCAAAUGCUCAUACUAAUGUCUAAUCUACACAUUAUAAAACAGUCUGCAAUCGUCUGUUUCUCAUGAUAAUAUACCAUAAAAUUGUGUUAAUCAAUCGCAUGCCAUAUCAAUUUAAUGUUCAAGAUACGCCUGCAGUUGCUGUUGUGGUGCUGCAAGACCAAAUGUUUGUUUUUCGUAUGCACAAGAAAAAUAAAGAAUUAAAAAAAAAAAUUGAUUAAAUGCAUGAAUCAAACCACUGUAUUUUGAUACAUCCUGUAACUGGGGGCUUCCAUCUUAGCCCCCUGUCAGUUUUUGUUGCAGUGAGCAUAGAGAGAGAAGGAGAAACAGAAGCAAUGCCUGAAUUGGAUAGUGAUGCCAACUGCUAAGCCCAUGGAACAUCAUACGAUUAAAAUGUUAACACAAGUGUGAAGAAUCCCCCUCCAUUCAUUUGGUACUUUCCCUCCCUGCUACUUUAUCCAUGGAUUUAUUACUGUGACGAAGUGCCCUUCGCCACUUGUGCCUGGAGAGGACUUCUUGCCCGCCUCUUGCCCUGUGACUAUGGACCCUGGGAGAUUUGUCCCGUUCAAAUCAGUAUGAUAGGAGUUAUGUAUUUUACUGGAAACAUGUGCUCAAUGGAGCCUCUAUCCCUGGAUAAUUGGAUUAUUUUCCCCAUUGUCUCCAGGAUAGAGGGCUCUGUAAAACCAGUUUGGGCCAGAUAGCCAUGCUGCCAGCCAGGCCCCAAAAUAUACUUUACUAACUUCUGAACCCCUGGUCUGAUACAUGCCAUUUUUUGAUAUGUUGUUUCCCUGAAUGGAUUGAUUGUGAAUAUAUAAUUUUUAUGUGAAUGUGAUGUAUAUUUUAGAAGUUAUGAAUAUGCUGUUUUCCUACCUGUGAUAAUUGAUCUUCUAUUGUAUAAGAUAAUUGAAUCACAGGCAGAGGGGAGGAUUUUGUGUGGGCUGUAACCUCUGUUUUAUUGGCUACUGUAGAUAACGUGUGUGUCCCUCCCCUGCAUGGCAGCAGGGCAUAAAAGAAACUGUAGCUUGAAUACGUGUUGUUGUUACUUCCAGUAAAGUCUUGUUCCAGCAUUAAGCCUUGGCUCAUGUUUGGGGGAUUGGAAAACUACACUCUGGGGAUUGCUAUAAUCACUUACUCCCCAGAGUAAACUCUUGCAAUAGCUUGAUUUGUUCCUGCUACGCUCUCUGGAUUUAGGAGAGGUUCACCCACUGGGAGCUGGAUCCUGGUCGUGGAUCCAGGGUGGGUGGAGACGGCGAGACCCCGGCGCAGCUGUAUCGCUGGAAGUGGGGUCUGCAGUGUCACUGGUGUCGGUUGGAGUGCUUGGAGUCCUCAGCGAGCACUAGGCGCAUCGAUUGGCGGAGGUACUCAGUGAUUGUGAACUUUUGUAUUUAAUAGUAACAUUUCUAAAGAAAUUGAAGUUCCCAUUUAAAGGAAAAAUCCAUAAAGAGACAGAAGUAGAUAUUUAUAUGAUCCCUACAAACAAAUUAGCCCUAAAGAGGGCACGUCUGUAUGUGGUCGCUGCGAUGUAAUGAAGCCGUGUACUAUAAAAGCAAAUAUAUAAAAUCACACACAUAUGCCCUGCAUUAAAUCUCACACUAUCCUUGGUAGUUUGUGGCUCGCUGACUGUAGAGUCAUUCUGUCAGAGGUUCCAGGCUGAGAGAAUUCCUCCACAUUGAAAGAAUUUUCCAAUCCACAGAUUUCAUUCUGACUUCAAUGCAACGUAUCAUCCUGCGCUCUCGGCAGAUUAGGACGUACAGUAUCUCAUUACAACAUACAAAGCUUUAUUUACACAAUGCUCCAGCAAAUCCAGACACGCCCUGCAUGUGCUCUUACAGGUCAUAGUCCAUGCAUGCUUUUACUUCGAAUAUUUAUUUUUUAUUUUUCUGGCAAUACUCUGCAAGACAUAGAAAGGGGACAGAGUCUCCUGGACUGCUGCUAGUGUCACCAUGGACCUGGGGCUGACAUUUCUCCUGGUCUCCUGUGUCAGCCUCUUAAUUUACCUGUUGGCAUGGAGGAGCAGAUAUAACCUGAAAAACCUGCCCCCAGGACCCACACCACUGCCCCUGCUGGGGAAUAUUAUGCAGAUUGGCACAACAGAAGUACCCCGGUCCAUAAUGGAGGUAAGAAUUGUCCGCUUUUCAAUUUUCAUUUAUUUGAAUCCAGACAAUAAAAUGAAUGUGUUGCAAAUGGUGGCAUAUGAGAAAGCAGCACAGUAAGUGUGACUUGUGCAUCUCUUAUUCGUUUGAUACUUUUUUCCUUGUUAAAGGACCACUAUAGUGCCAGGAAAACAAACUCACUUUCCGGGCACUAUAGUUUUAAUAGGUCCCCCCCACCAGCCUCCCGCUGGGCUGAAGGGGGAGGAAGGGGUUAAACACUUACCUUUCUACAGCAUCGCGCUUGGCGCUGGGGACUCUCUUCCCUCUUCUGCUGAAUGCGCAUUUCUCAAUGCUUUCCUAUGGAUGCUGGCAUCUUCUCACUGUGAGACAGACACUAGAGGCUGGAUUAACCCUAAUGUAAACAUAACAGUUUCUCUGAAACUGCUAUAUUUACAGAAGGCAGGGUUAAUCCUAGAGGGACCUGGCACCCAGACCACUUCAUUAAGCUGAAGUGGUCUGGGUGUCCAUAGUCGUCCUUCAAUCAUUUAACUUUUAGCACAAAAUUAGACAAAUGCAGUCACCAUCUGUUGCAGAUUUAAAACUCCCAUAAUGCUUUGUCAGCCUUGACGUUCCUCAGCAGUUGGAGAGUACAUUUCUGACUGUUUGUGUUGGCACAAAAAUUCCUCACUGCGUAUCUUGCAGAAUUUGAUUUUCCUAUGCAUUUUGAUUAUUUUGGGGGGGGUUCAUAAAUGUGUCGCACCAAUGUCUAAAAAAGGAGUUGUUACAUUGUAGCUUUUUUUCUGUCAGAGUGUUUGAUAAAUAUAUAAUAUGGAAAUAAAAAUGUGUUUUUUUUACUGCUCCUCCUGUUUUCACUCUGUUUUCUACCUUUGCUGACUUGAUUUGCAAUCCAAAUGGCAGGAAAAUGGCAGUGUAUAUUUCUGGUUCCCUUUUGGUUCAUUUGAUUUAUUGUCCCGAAUAUAGUUUUUCAUUAACAAAAUUUGGACAAAGUGAAACAACAUAACAAAAUAGUGAAAUAUUUUUGGAAGUGGCUCAGCCCAAAAAAUGUUUUUGACUCGUAGAAGUCUAAUGCGAAUCAGAAAAGGAUAAAUAAAUAUACUUACAAAGCAUGAUCUGGGAUAUAACGAAUAAGGUAAUGAACUGGAACUACAUGUGGAAUCACCACAAGUAUCUCUUCUGUGUCUGUCCACAGCUUAGUAAGGAAUAUGGACCAGUGUACACAAUUUACAUGGGCAGCCAGCGUGCGGUCAUGCUCAUUGGGUGCAACGCGGUGAAAGAAGCCCUGGUGGAUUACAGUGAUGUGUUUAGUGGCCGAGGGACCAUGGGUGUAAUUGACAUAUUAUUAAAAGAUUAUGGUAAGUCACAAAAAAUAUUAAUAAAGACACUAUUUCACAUGAUGUACUCUAUUCUGCUAAACUAAAAAUAGAAAGAAAUAAGAAGGGCACCCAAGAAUUUUUUUUUGUCUAGUAUGACCAGAUUUUCUAGUCCUUGCCACCCCUUAGAUGUGGUUUUCCUCCUUACCUGGGUCCCCAGUGUACUCCGAGUCUCCCUGGUGGUCAAGCCACAGAAGCCACUUCGGUCUCCAUCCAUUGGCUGAGAGCAUCGGCUGCCCACUCUUAGCCAGUGACUGCAAUUGUGUGCAAUGCACAGAAUUGAUAUUAGCCAGCCCAGAAUAGAGUUCUGGGUUGGUUCAUUAAAUCCCAUUGACACUGCCAGAGGUGAAGUUAUACCUUUUGAACAUUGAGAAGUUAAAAUCCUUAUGUAGAGGGUUAGAUAGUAAAAUUCUGUGAAUAGAGACUCCAAGCACCAUGGCCUCUUCAAAUCACUGAAGCAAUCAGGGUACUGGGAGUAAUCCAUUAAACUUAUUGCUUUCUCUGAUGCAAGACCUCAAACUAAUUAUACAUUAAUCAUUGUGAUAUUGGACCAGAAAACUAAAAUUGUGUUGUUUUUAUUUUUUAAUAUGUGUACAAAAUCUACAAAAUAAUUAGACAUUUCAAGAAAUAUCAUCAGCUCAUAGUAACUUUCAAUGUGAGUAGAUUCAGCUUGGUCUCAUUUUCUUUACAUUAUGCCCCUAGGAGUCAUCCUGAGCAACGGGGAGAGAUGGAAGACAAUGCGUAGAUUCUCUCUCAUGACUUUGAGAAAUUUUGGAAUGGGGAAGAGAAGCAUUGAGGAAAGAAUCCAAGAGGAAGCUCAGUGUCUUGUGACGGUGUUUAGAGAGAACAAAGGUUAGCAUAAACAAAAUUUAUCUGAAUAAUCUGUAACAUUAAAGUUACAUUUACAAUUUACAGGAACAUUAGAGUCCCAGAAAUGCAAACUUAAUCUUGACACUAUAAUUUUGAAAAUCCCUGUUUCAUGCCAAUUGACAUUUUUGGAAUUUUUUCAGAGGGGAGUGGGGGCAUAAUUGUAAUUACAUCCAUGCAUGUUGCAACAGUUUACCAAGAGUUGGAGCCCAGUUGCAGGAGAUGGCACAGGGAGGAGGCAAAAACCAAAAGCGCAGUACAGAUUAAGGGGAAAUCCAAAGGCAGGGUCAGACGAGAGUCAGGGCUGGCAGCGGAGUAUCGUAGUCGGUAAAUCAGUCAGCAGAGUAGCAAAGAUCCUGCAGGGAAAGAAAAACAAACAAACAAAAUGACCAGAUACUAGGUCUCAGGCAGAGCUGGCUUUUACAGCCUGCUGAUUAGGAGCAGCUGACCCUAAUUGGUAAGGGGCUGCAGGUGGAUCAGCACUGCUCCAUUCAGGCAAGGAGUCAGGAAGCAACCAGAUACUGAAGACUCCUGGUGGACAGCAUGGUAGAGAACCUGACUAGGAGGCUGGAGCUGUGAAUUCAAACCCAGCCAGGUCUCUUAAAGGAGCCUAGUUGUCUGCAGGGUUCAGGGUGCACCGUGACGCUCCUUUUUGUGACCACUGGGGAUACAAAGCAACCCUGGAAACAAAAUGUAUGCCAGCCCCAUAAGUCAUUGUGUGUGUGUAUAUAAACAAGUCCAAACCUUUGCACUCCAAUUCUAAUGUUAUUACCCGGUGCCCAGUCACAUUAUUUAUACAUUCCAAACAAUACUCUGGGAAAACCAGGUACUCGUUUCAGCUCCACAUUGAAGCUUUUAUCAGGACAACUAAACACACAGCCAUUAAUGUAUAAACCAUUGGCAACAAAAGUGAGUACUCCCCGAAGUGGAAAUGUCAAAAUUUGGCCCAAUUAGUGAUUUUCCCUCCCCGGUGUCAUGUGACUCGCUAGUGUUACAAGGUCUCAGGUGUGAAUGGGGAGCAGGUGUGUUAAAUUUGGUGUUAUCGUUCUCCCACUUUCGCAUACUGGUCACUGGAAAUUCAACUUGGCACCUCAUGGCAAAGAACUCUUUGAGGAUCUGAAAAAAAAACUGUUGCUCUACAUAAAGAUGGCCUUAGCUAUAAGAAGAUUGCCAAGACCCUGAAACUGAGCUACAGAACAGUGGGUUUCACAGGACAGGUUCCACUCAGAACAGGCCUCACCGUGGUUGACCAAAGAAGAUGAGUGCACGUGCUCAGUAUCAUAUCCAAAGGUUGUCUUUGGGAAACAGAUGUAUGAGUGCUGCUAGCAUUGUUACAGAGAUUGAAGGGGUGGGGGGCCAGCCUGUCAGUGCUCAGACCAUACGCCGCACACUGCAUCAAAUUGGUAUGCUUGGGUGUUGUCCCAGAAGGAAACAUCUUCUAAAGAUGAUGCACAAAAAAGCGUGCAAACAGUGUGCUGAAGACAAGAAGACCAAGAAUAGCUAAACUUAUUUUUGUUCAGAUGGUGUCAAGCGUGUGGCAGUAACCAGUUGAGGAGUACAAAGUGUCUCUUGCCUACAGUCAAGCAUGGUGGUGGGAGUGUCAUGGUCUGGGCCUGCAUGAGUGCUGCCGGCACUGGGGAGCUACGUGUACUGUGACAUACUGAGGCAGAGCAUGAUCCCCUCCCUUCGGAGACUGGGCAGUAUUCAAACAUGAUAACGACCCCAAACACACCUCCAGGAUGACCACUACUUUGCUAAAGAAACUGAAGGUAAAGGUGAUGUACUGGCCAAGCAUCUAAACCAUAUUGAUCAUCUGUGGGCCAUCCUCAAAUGGAAGGUGGGGGAGUGCAAGGUGUCGUCAUGGAGGAAUGGAAGAGGACUCCAGUGGCAACUUGUGAAGCUCUGGGGAACUCCAUGCCCAUGAGGGUUAAGGCAGUGCUGGAAAAUAAUGGUGGCCACACAAAAUAUUGACACUUUGGGCCCAAUUUGGACAUUUCCACUUAGAGGUGUACUGACUUUUGAUGCCAACGGUUUAGACAUUAAUGGCUGUGUGUUGAGUUAUUUUGAGGGAACGGCAAUUUCACACUGUUAUACAGGCUGUACACUUACUACAUUACAUUGUAGCAGAGUGUCAUUUCUUCAGUGUUGUCACAUGAAAAGAUAUAAUAAAAUAUUUACAAAUAAAAAACCUUUUGUGCGAUACUGUAUGUAUGUAUGUGAGUCAUCUUUUUGAUCCUGAGGAAAGUCCCUAAAGGACUGAAACGUUGAUCAUUGAUGUUUUAACUUGCUUUCAAUAAAUUUUGAUUUUUAACUACCGUGAGUGCCGCUACCUAUUGGAUGUAUAUAUGGACGGCCACGAUUUGCUGGCACCCGGGCACUAAGGGCAACUUGAGCGUGAGUGCAGGAGCAACUGGUACUUUAUAUAUAUAUAUAUAUAUAUAUAUAUAUAUAUAUAUAUAUAUAUAUCAUUGGCAUGUUUCUUUUUCUAAUUUAAAAUAUUGGUUCUGUCAGUGUAAAAAAGGUAAUUAUACAGUAAACAUACUCACAUGAAGACAGACAAUCUCACUGACACAAGCACACAAUCUAAUUGAUACACAGGCUCACAGACAGACAAUAUCAUUGAUAUACAUACGCUCAUUGAUAUAAAAACACAAUCUCACUGAUACACACAAAUAGGCUCACUGACAGACAACCACACUGACACACAGACAAGCUUACUGGCACACACACACAAACUUAGUGCAGACUCUGACACUCACCCAAGGUUACUACAGACAAACUCACUGUUAUACAAACACAAACUUACCACAGACAAGCUUACUGUCACACACACACAAGUUCACUACAGACAAGCUCACUGACACGCACAUGCUCACUACAGAGAAGUUUACUGUCACAAACAUGCUCCUUACAGACAAGCUCACUGUCACACACACAAGCUCACUAACACACAUACACAUGCUCACUACAGACAAGAUCACUGACACACAUAUGAUCACUACAAACUCACUGACACACACACAUGCUCACUACAGAAAAGCUCACCGACACACAUGCUCACUACAGACAAACUCACUGACACACACACACAAGUUUACUACAGAUAGGCUCAUUGUCACGCACACAUGCUCACUACAGACAAGCUCACUUACACACACAAUUGCUCACUACAGAAAAGCUAACCAACGCACACAAGCUCACUUACAGACAAGCUCACUGACACAUAUACACAUGCUCACUACAGACACACACACUGAAACACACAUGCUCACUAUAGACAAGCUUACUGACACACAAAUGCUCACUACAAAUUCACUAACACAUACACACACAAGUUCACUACAUUCAAGCUCACUGACACACACACAUGCUCACUACAGACAAGCUCACUGACAUUCACAUGCUCACUACAAGCUCACUGAAACACACACACAUGCUCACUACAGACAAGCUGACACACAUGUUGACUACAGACAAGUUCAGACACACACAUAGUCACUAUAAACUCACUGACAAACACACACAUCCUCACUUAUAGACAAGCUCACUGACACACACACAUACAUGCUCACUUACUAGCAGGCACACACACAUGCACACAUCACUGUCAUCGGCUGAAGCCUACCUGACACAGAAGGCUGUGGGAGACUGGGAGGUCAUCUCCAUUUUCUGUCCUCCUCCUCUUCCUUCCAGCGAGGUCAACAGCGUGAGUGUGGGGGUGGAGCUUGUAAAGGGGCGGAUCUUUGAGGGGCGGUGUUUGCAUGCGGGAGGCAGGGCCUGAAUGAGGGGGCAGAGCAUAGAGGCACCAAAUUGCUGGGGAUUCGGAAGGGAGCCUCACAGUGCUUUCUCCAGCCCCCUGGCAGCCUUAAUGCAGCCCCCAGCACCUCCCUCCAGCCUCCAGCACUUCCCUCCUUCUUUUUCUUGCACUGAGCUGUCACAGUCCAAGGGAAAAUUGCAUGUGGGGAGGGGGCAUGUUAAAAAAUCCAGGGUGGGGCAAGUGCCCUCAUUUGCCCCACACUGUUUUGUCUCCGGCCUCCCUCUCCUUUGUAUAAAAAGGUGGAUAACUCACCUUAUUUGUUUUCAAGCUUUGCUUGGGUUUCCUUGCGAUGGACAUGGCUUCAAUCCACUUCUAUGUUUGAAAUCAUCAAAUUUCAUGAUCUCAGUCAAGCCAAUGCUUUCCUGUGGCUAUAGCGCAUGCAUGGCAAAACGCUGUGCUGAACUAGUCAGCAUCUCACUGUAGAUAUGCAGGAAUGUUCAACAUCAGUUCUGCACACUGUGAAACACUGACCCAGGAAACACUUCUAAUGGCCCUCUGAGUGACUGCACCUAGAGGUAUUACUAGUGGCUAAUGUAAACACUAAAAAACAAAGAAAAACGUUACUUGCAUACUAUCCCAAAUCCCUAGAGUGCAAGUAUAUUUUUUUCAAAUGUCCCAGUGAGGAAAUGUCACUUCCAAGUGAUGAUUCAACUUUGCCUUAGAGCUCCCUAUGAGAUGUGUCAUAAACUCCACUCUCUUAUGGAGGUUGACAAUAUUUUCCAGACUCGGGUGUGUUUGUUGGGCCCACCCUCAUCCAUGAAACACAACGAAUCCUACACAACUACUAAGCAGCUGCCUUUAUAGCAACCACUGCUGCAGGGUUUCAAUGUCUGAAAAACAAAUUCAAAUAUCAAACUCUAUCCAAAAGUCAUCUAGUGUACCCUUGGCUGCAGGAAGACUGGUCUAGGACACUGGGUUGUACUGAUAUUCAAAAACUUGAGUAUGGCUGUAUGCAUCAUCUAUUCCAUAGUUUUGAAAAUAUUUUAUUUUAAUUUGCUGUGCUUUUAUGUAAAUGUGUUUAUAUAUUUCUAGUAUGUAAUUUGUGUAAAGUAAUUGGAGUUAAAUAUUUCUUUGUUUUGUAGAUAUUUUAUCAAAAUUAAAUACAAUUAUUUCAUAUUUUCAAUAUUUUAUAUUUAAUAUAAAUGUCUCAAUAUUGCAUUAUCUUGACUUAUUAAACAUUCCAAGUUUCUUCGCAGACACUCCAUUUGACCCAGCACGUCUGUUAGGACAGGCUGUAUCUAAUGUCAUUUGCUCCAUUGUAUUUGGAGAGAGAUUUGACUAUGAAGACAAGGACUUCAAGAACCUUUUGAUGUACAUGAGAGACCUCUCCAUGCAACUGUCUUCAGCCUCGGGGCAGGUAACAAAUACCAAAUUGGAAUAUAGUGAGUGAAUUAAUAAUACAUUUAAUUUAAUGUGAUUCAAACAACAUCCUAGAGGGGGUAAGAAUGACUCCUAAAGGAGCACUCCACUUCCCACAUUGUAAAAUAUAUUUUUUAAAUCACCGUUUAGUAGAUAUACCUCCAGUGAAUAUAUGCAUAAUUUUUUCAUGUAUGCAUUCAUUGGGGGUUUAUCUUCUUAUGAAAUGCAGCCUUAGCAAGCUCUCCCCUUUUUUCCUGGAAGAGACCUUCAGAUGCUGUUGCGUACACCCGCAUGCACAUCUUGCCUGAGGUUUGGAGCUUAGGACAGUGGCGGAUCCAGGGGGGGGCAUCGGACUCCCCCUCACCCCCCGCCCCAAGAAAGCUAAGGCUGUCCCUUGCUCUCCCCUGCAGGGUCAAAGCUAUCCAAGCACCUGCCCUGCUAUGUGCUUUCAGGGACUGAAGAGGAGACCAGAGAUCUUCCUCACCAGUGCACAGGCACCUUGCUGGGCAGCCGGCUGGGGAGGUAGUGAGGACUUAGGUGCUCAGCCUGCAGCUCCUCUGGGUCGUCCUCUUACAACAUUUCAAAUCUCACGAGGGUGAACUCUAGCUGUGGGACUCACCACUGGGACCAUCAGGGCUUUUCCACCGAAACACCGGUGAUUGAGAAAUGUUCCACCUCCCUGAGCAAAAAUAAGAAGGGAGGCGGGACAUAAAAUAUAUGAUUUAAAUAAAAAAUAAAAAACAGAUAUAUUUGCUUUAGACUACAUACACUUUAGCUGAAGUGCUUUUGGGGUGUGGAUUGGUCCUUUAAAGAGUUUACUAUAGUUUGCCCUCUUACCUGAUCCUGACGGCUGCCAAGGGUCCUCUGAAGUAGGGUUUAUGACAUAUAUAUAUAUAUAUAUAUAUAGAUAUAUAUAUAUAUGUAUUCUGCAAAGCUGCAAAAGGAUGCCAAUCCUGCAACUCAUUCAGCCAAUAAAUACUGUGCAUCCACAUUUAUACAGAACUGACAUUAGCCGCCCUAGCAUUUGGCUGGCUAAUUGCACCCCACUGAUGUUGCAGUAGCUGUAGUUACACUUCCAACAGCAAUGUGAUUAAACUCAAAAUGCUAAGUGUUUCAAAGUAAAAUGCUGAACAUACAGACUCCAGACACCAUGGCCACUUAAAAUCCACUGACGUGGUCAUGGUGUCUAGAGUAAACCUUUAAUAGAAGUAAACUAUUUUUACAGCUUCUUCAGUUGUUCCCAUAUGUACUCCAGUGGGUCCCUGGCCCUCACCAGAAUAUCUUCAAAAACAUUUCAAGAUUGAAAAGCUAUCUAAUGAACCAGGCAAAAUCUCACCAAGGAACGUUGGAUACAAACUGCCCACGAGACUUCAUAGACAGCUUUUUGAUUAAGAUGGAAGAGGUAUUUAUGUAGAACAGAAACUAAUUUACAGUAUAAACUCCACAUUUAGUUAAUUUUGACUGGUUAGAAGGUAAUUUCCAAAAAACAAAUCAUUCAAAAUAUUUCCCAGGAAAAAAACAAGGGCAGCACAGAAUUUCACGACGACAACUUAUGGAGAACAGUAUUUGAUUUGUUCUUUGCCGGGACAGAGACUACAAGCACAAUGAUGAGAUAUGGCUUCUUGAUUCUCCUCAAACAUCCAGAGAUACAAGGUAUAAAUGCUCUUCAUUAAUUUGUUUAUUUAACAGUUCUUCAAGUUCUUUUUCCAGAGUGUUUUGCAAGGUAUAACAAUUGCUGGCAGACUUGGUCAUAGACAGGGGAAACAAACUGGAGUAGAACCCUAUUUUUGUGACACUUUAUUUUAGUUAUACAUUAGUCAGGAACGUAUUCAGUCCUUGGGUUCGUAAUGUCAGUUGUUGAAUCAGUGUUUAAUUGUAACGUGUGAUAGCUCAUGGAAUGAUUCUGGUUUGAGAUAAAGGGGUUGGAUGGGUGAGAUGUGGUAAUGUGGAGAAGGGACGGGAUGGUUCCUAUUCUAGAUGCAAGUUUGACCUGAUAUCAUCAGUAUGCAAGAUGCCUCCCAGCAUGUUUUUGUUUGGAAGUAUAUGUAAUGGAAAUUGUGUAUUUCUAUAUAGUUGUCAUACACACAUUUAUUUUCUGUUUAUUUAAUUUAGAGAGGAUCCAAAAAGAGAUUGAUGAUGUAAUUGGCCAAAAUCGAUGUCCAUCAAUUGAGGACCGGAGUAAGAUGCCAUUUACUGAUGCCGUCAUCCAUGAAAUCCUGAGAUUUGCUGAUAUUGUCCCCACAGGGCUUAUCCAUGAAACUAGCAAAGACACAACUUUCAGGGGAUAUCACAUUCCCAAGGUUAGUAAACUAUGGAGCAAUAUGUGGGACAUGAUAUACUCUCUGUCACUCUUUCUUGCAGCCAACAUGGCACUGUCAUUAGUACGCGUGGGCUUCUGGAGGAACUGCGCUCUUGUUAAUUUUUUCAUUUCAGGGUACGUUGGUUUUGCCAAUAUUGACAUCUGUUCUGAAGGACCCCAAAUACUUUAAAAACCCUGAAGAUUUUGACCCAAAUCACUUUCUAGAUGAGAAUGGGUGUUUUAAAAAGAAUGAUGCCUUUCUGCCAUUCUCUAUAGGUAAUGACAUUGCAUUAGUGGUCAUUAUUUUAUAUGUUUAUAAGAGUAGUAAAAAGAAUUCCAUGAGCGACAGACUAACAUUCUUAUCUUUCAUACCUUCCUCUCCAGGUAAGCGUGCGUGUGUGGGAGAGGGCCUGGCUCGCAUGGAGAUCUUCCUCUUUGUCACGACUGUCUUGCAAAAUUUUACUCUGAAACCAACAGUGGAAGAGAAAGAUAUUGAGAUCACGCCAGAGCCCAAAUCUAAUGCUUCAAGACCUCGGGGCUACCAGAUGUAUACUGUGCCUCGCUUAAUGUCCUGA